AUGUAUAAAGCCUGGAUUGUGUAUCACGGCGUUUUGUUGCUGCUCGCAGCAGCAACUACUACGGAUUCGACAAAAUGCUCCCGAGUCAUAGAAGGCACCACCGGGCCACGUUCCAAUGCCUUGGGCAGAUAUCAUUUCUUCGUGACGCUUUUCAACAGGACCGAUAUGGUAUACGCCUAUAUGCCGAACACCCGAUAUAGCGUGGUCCUACGGGCCGAUAGUACCGAUCAAAUCCAUCGAAAGUUCACGAGAUUCCUCAUAUCUGCCGAGGCCGAAAACGCAAAUGAAACGGUCGAUGUUGGCCUUUUUGAUCUUGAAGACGAUACGCUCACUAAAUUCGCGGAUGAUUGCGCGAACGCCGUCGUAGAGACAUCCAAGAUGCAAAAAGAAAAGAUAUCUGUUGUUUGGACCAGUCCUGCCGAAGAUAGCGGUUGCAUCCUUCUCAGAGCGACAGUGAUGGAAACGAUAGAUACAUGGUACAUGGACGACGCGAAUUUGAUCCGUAAUAUGUGCCAAGACUCAAAAGCGGAAGCUGAUGAUCAGGGUCCGGUUCUUUCAGAAUGUUGUGCUUGCGACGAAGCAAAGUUUGAAGUUACGUUUGAAGGCUUAUGGUCGAGAAAUACACAUCCGAAAGAUUUCCCUAGCAAGGGCUGGUUGAUCCGAUUUUCAGACGUGAUCGGCGCUAGUCAUACCGGUGAUUACAGAUUCUGGCGUUACAACGGUAUGGCUAGCGUCGGAUUGCGACAGGUGGCUGAGCUCGGUGCAACGCGGAAAUUAGAGUCCGAGUUAAAGGAUCGGAGUGAAAACAUCAGGACUAUAAUAAAAGCAAGAGGAAUUAGUUAUCCGAACGUAACUGGCAGAACGUUUGCAGUCUUUCGUGUAGACAGAAAGCAUCAUUUAAUGUCAUUAGUGUCUAUGAUUGAUCCUUCGCCGGAUUGGUUUGUUGGUGUUUCUGGACUCGAACUUUGUCUGCCAAAUUGUUCGUGGAUUGAACACAAGGAAUUAAAUCUUUACCCUUACGAUGCUGGCACCGACGACGGAAUUACAUACGUGUCGCCUGAUUCACCGACGAAGCCACAAGAACCAAUUCGACGUAUCACGUCAUCGUACCCGAACGAUUCGAGAUCGCCAUUUUACGAAUUGUCUGGUGGGGACAUGAAACCUUUCGCGAAGCUCUACCUCAAUAGGCAAAGAUUAUAUGAGAAAACCUGCGACGACGAUGAUACGGUGACUGAUACAGAAGCUUGUAAAGUUACACCUUGGGGCGAAUGGAGCCCAUGUUCAGCCACCUGCGGUAAAGGCACUCAACUGAGACAACGUCGUUUUCGUGACGAAGCUGCGGCGGAUGCAAACAAAUGCGGCACGUCUCUUACAGGUCGAAGAUUUUGCUACAAUACACAAAAUCCGUAUUGCGUCAGUAACGGUCGUCACGACGGAAUGUUGGAGAGCGAAAUGUGCGAAUUAACCCAGUGGAGUGAAUGGAGUCCGUGUUCGUCGAGCUGCAGCGAGGGUACCAUGACCCGAUCCAGGAACUUUCGGCAGAAGAAGUAUCGAAAGCAGUGUAGAGCCGUGCCGAACGGGCCGCAACUUCAGCAGUCGAUCGAUUGCGGGAACAAGCCCUGCGAGGGCGAAGACGCAGAGGAGGUAAGGCGAUUGAAUCAUUUGGACUACGAUGACGAGGACGAGGAUGAGGAUUUACUCACUGAGUGGGCGGACGGGACUGGAGCGGAAUGGCUGCAGACGUGUCCUGCUGACCGUUACACAGGCUGGUCAUCAUGGUCGCCGUGCAGUGCCAGCUGCGGACAUGGCAUCAAACUGAGAUCAAGGCAAUUAAUGUACAAAGACGAUCUGGAUAAGGAUGACGAGAAGUGCAAAAUGCAGAUGGUGCCAUGCACAGCCGAAAUUUCAAGCUGCAAUUUUACGAGGGAAGAAGUAGAAGAAAUUUGUAGCGAACCUUUGAAGAAGGGGAAUUGUGAUGAUAACAUAUUACGAAGCUACUUCGACAAACAGACUGGCGAAUGUCACUUCUUUCACUACACCGGAUGCGGCGCCAAUCGAAACAAUUUCCCGAACGAGAAGGAUUGUUAUAAAGUUUGCGGUAAUUUUCAAAAAGAAUUGAGGGCGAAUCUGUCGACAGUCACGAAAAACUUCAAGGUAUCCCUUAGCAGCGUACUCAGCUAUCAUAUUCCCGUUCAGGAACAACGCAGCGCGAAAGCGAAGAGAGCGCAACACGAAAAGGAGAAUUUUAAAGGCAUUCAACCGAGCAGUCAGAUAAUGGAGUCGAGUGAGAAUGGCAAAGUGAACUGUCAAGUCUCUGAAUGGAGUGAAUGGUCCCCUUGUGAGAGCUGUCGCGGAUACACUACAACCACCAGGCAAAUUAUGAUUCCAGCUGAGAAUGGAGGUAAAAGCUGUCCAAAAAAGUUGAUCCGAAGAAAGAAGUGCCGCAAGAUUCUGCCAUGUUCUCUACAAAGUGAUGGAACAAGCCGGCGGUUUCAUCGAGACAAAAAUACCGGAAACGAGUACGACAUUUCAGUGGACUGCGAAGUAACACCGUGGUCAACGUGGUCGAAAUGCAGUGCGACCUGUGGCGAGGGAUUGCGAAGUAGAGUCAGAAGUCUAACGGUGAAGCCGAGAGGAGCCUGGGCCAAACUUUGUCCGACUUUAGUGGAAUUCAAGAAGUGCCGCAAAGUGGACUGUCCGCAAUAAACAAGCGCAACGUUUUCGCAAUUCGAUCGCCGGCUAAUCGACAAAUGAUUUGCAUGGUUCUAAUGCGUUCUGUUUUGAACGUUGAAUUUAUAUGAUUAGACUGAUUAAACGACACUCCCUCUUAGAUAGAUCACGCGAUUGAAAUCUAGGAGCGCGUUUAGAAGAAGUAGAGAUAGUGAGGCUAUUGAGAGAUAAGAAUAACACUGGACGACAGCGAUUUUGUCGAACGUUUGCACUUUUAAAAUGAACGGAUGUUCGUUGUUUCAAUAGCGAAAAUAGAACAACAGAAUUAACAAGAUGAGAAUCAGGGAAAUAAAACGGAAUAAUAAAUUUGAUAACAGAAUUAAAAAUAUUUUAGACUUUUUAAAAUAAUAAAUAAUACAUUUAUUUUAUGAUAUAACUAUCUUGCUUAAGUGUUUAUGAUUUAUACCUUUCAUUUUUUUUAUAAUUUUUAAUUUCUGGAUUUUAAUUAUCUGAAUUAUUAAAUUAAUAAGAGAAAAUCUUUAGAAAAAUAAAAAUAUAAUUAUUUAUGAUUGUAUAAAGUGCAAAAAAUAGAUUUUUCUCUAUCUAUGUGAUACACAAUUUGAACCAACUUAACCAUAAUAUUUAAGACGCAUUGCAAAAUUUGCUGAUUAUUUUCUAUAGAGAAUAGAAGUUUAUUACUGUAUAUAAAUAAUGUUCUUUUAAAACAACUAUAGCAAAGAAAAAGAGAACUAUUUCUUUCUAUAUUCAUGUCCAUUUUCUGUCCUCCAGUGUAAUUUAUUACGCACACAAAAAUCAUACCACGUAUUAUUUUUCGACAUAUGAAGUACUCAGUAAGAAAUUUCAUAUGAUUUUACUUAUCUUAAAGCUAAAAUAACACGUUAUUUUUUCAACAUGGUAUUAAGUUAAGGCGAAAUGGAUUUGCAUUCCAAUGCGUCAGUUAUGCUUAGAAAAGAAAAAAAAAACACUAGAAUUUUUGCAAUUAUCCUACUUGUAAUACAAUAAUGUCGAAUAGUUGUAUAGUUUAUUGCGAAAGGUGAGGACAAAUCAUUUGAUAUCUGUCUAAUGAUAGUAAAAGGAUAAAGUCAAAAUAUAUCGCGACAUAAUAAUAUUAAUGUUAAGUAACUUGCUCCUUUCUAGCGCGGAUAUAAUAAAACGCAAAGAAGACCACUUAUUUAUAUGUAUACGCGUAUCAUAUACUUGUAGCAUUUAUCACGCAUUACAGAUCUCAUUGUAAGACCAAAGUUUGUAUAACACCUUCAGUUGGAAACUGAGAACCAUGAUAUUUUAAAAUACUAUUGUAAAAUGCGGCAGGUAGACAUAUCAAUAGUUCAGUAGACAGUAAGCCGUUUGUUUAAUGUGUAAUGGGAAGUUUUAUUAACAUAAAAUUCUCUUCAUUGACAAUAAUGAAAUAUUGUAGGUAUACAAAAAGGGAUAUUUACUUGUUAUUCUUUUGUAAAGUCGUUAUAACAUAUUCAAAAUAAAAUAAAUAAUCAAUGUAAA